GGGGGAGUGAUUGGUUUGACUCACAUUGACCAGCACCUAUAAAUACAGGGCAGACGCUGGGACAGACAGAUUGAGUUGCCAAGCUCCAGGAUUUAAGAGCUCUACAUCAAGAUCUACAGCAGGGCUCAGGUGUGCUCGGCCUUAGAUUGCAGAGAUGUGUUCCCUCCCCAUGGCCCGGUACUUUGUAAUCAAGGAUGCUGAACAGAAGCCUUUAUGCUUGAAGAAUGACCAAUUUCUAGUGGGAGAUGCAAGCUCAGAACUCUGUGGUGCAGAGAGGGUCUGUGUGCUUCCCAACAGAUUUCUUGAUCGAAACAAGUUCCCCAUCAUUAUGGGAAUUCAGAAUGGAACUCGAUGUUUAGCAUGUGUGGAAUCAGGAGAGGGGCCCCUGCUACAACUGGAGGAUGUGAACAUCGAGGAUCUAUAUAAAGGUGGAGAGGAAACAACCCGUUUCACAUUCUUCAGGAGCAGCUCAGGCCCUACCUUCAGGCUAGAGGCAGCCGCCUGGCCGGGUUGGUUCCUUGGGGCUCCAACAGAACCCCAAGAACCAGUCAGACUCAUCAAAGAGGAUGAGCCUUCUCCCAGAACAGAGUUCUAUUUUGAACAGAGUCGAUAGGAGUGGGAAAGCUAAAUGGCUUGGGAGCCCCAGCCCCAGCACCUGGCUUCCAGAUUCUGUUCCAUUUCCAGGCAAAGUUCCUUGCUGGGCCAUAUUGUCUGACCUUUUGUAUAAGGGGGAAGAAUCAGUCACCUUUGGGGGUUGUGAGAGGUGGUGACAACAUUGCUUAUAUCAAACGAGCGUUCCCUGGACAGAUGAACCCAACGUCUCCUUCCAUCCAUUUGGUCUCAUUUUUCUCAGCAUAAAUGUCCCCUGAGAUUCAGAGACUUCCAGAUAAAAGAAGGCCUUCCAGUUCUGGGAGAACAACCUUGGACCCUGGAGCUAUGCUCUGUUCAUCCACAAUCUCAUAUUCUGUCCAUAUCAAAUUCUUUUGCCAAUCAAUCAAUCUAUUAAUGACCAAGUCCUUUUUGAGUGUGUGCUGGUCUGUGGGGGGAGAUUUCUGCUCUGCAUGGGUCGGAUUUAUACUGAUGGCAAAAUGUUUAAUCGGGUUCAAGACCUCCAUGGACUUCAGAAGGGAAUCUGCUGGGAGAAACUGGAAACAGAGAAAUAUGAUUCACGAGAGAUGGGGGACAAGAGAGACAUAUUCAAGUCAUCAGCCCAGAAGUGAUAGUUGAACCCAGGGCAAUAGAGAGUAGUAAAGAGCCAAAAAUAGUCUCAGGGAAGAUGCAUGAGGCAAAAAGGACGGAACCGAAGGAGCCUUUGGGGAAGGAGAAGGGAACCAGCCAGUCAUCCCAAAUCAGCUUGUCCAUCUUUCCCAAGGCCAAAUAGUAUUCUGCUCCUCCAUUAUUUAAGAAGGUGGGACAGGUCAAGGAAAAAGGGCUCAGUCCAGGCCAUGAAGCCAAUCAUUAUAGAGCUUGAUCUUUGUUUGUAUGUUCCUUUUCAUCAUUGUUGUUUGGGGUCUACAUUGGGACUUCAUAAA